CAUCAGGCGUUGGCGAGCCUUAUAAAAGCUCUGUGGCCCGCGCUCACCUCAGCACUUCCAUCACCAUGAGGGCGACAGUGGCAGGUCUCCUUCUGUGUCUUGUGGUGGCAGCAUGCCGCAGCCAGGAGACUCCACCUGGCCCUCCUGGACCAACUGAAGGGCCACAACCAACUGGACCACCUGGCCCACCAACUGGAGAUCCUGAUCCAACAGGUCAGCCUACUGGAGGUCCUGAACCAACUGGGCCACCUGGCCCACCAACUGGAGGUCCUGAACCAACAGGUCAGCCCACUGGAGGUCCUCAACCAACUGGAGGGCCCCAACCAACUGGUGGACCUCAGCCUACAGAAGGCCCACAGCCUACUGGCCCACCAGGGCCACCAGGACCGUCUUCUGGGGGACUUUGGGGUUUCUGAAUUCCUGUACACGCAUCUGCGAAACAUCAAGACAUUUCAUCCGUGAUAUUUAUGAUAAACUCUACCUGAUUUUAAAGAUGGAAGUGUUCUGGAACUCGCUUUGUAAAAUUAUUUCUCAUUAAAUCAGCAUUGUAAAAUCUCCAUAAAUGUUUCCGUCAUUUGUAAAGUUUAACGAAUAACCUACUAACCCAAAAAAAUAGUAACUCUUUGAACUUGAUGUCAAAAAAGCUGUGACAGUUUCAUAAGUCAUUCUGUUCUUGACUGUGUAACUAGUGACUUCAGUAUGUACUCUAUGUGAUGAAGUGUCCUAAUCUUGCGC